CAAUCCAUUCAGUUGAAUAUAUUGUGAAAUUUCAUUCGAACGUGAUAAUGACAUCCGACGAACAAAACAAAUUAGUUUUUUGGCUAGAUGGUAUCUUCAAAAAAGAUGGUUUCAGUGAUCUCCAUUAUGAUUUUCCAAAUUAUGAUACGACAGGGGGUUACUCAGCUAACGUUAUUUUCGUAAGCAUUAAAGCACACAAGAACAAUAAGAAAAAGGAGUUCGAAAUCUUUGUCAAAGAAAGUAGAGAUAAGGACAUAAUUCUGAACGACGAUCAAUUGAAAUUGGUGUAUUCCACUGAAAUCAAUUUCUAUUCCAAGGUGGUGCCAUAUUAUAAAAAAUUUGCAUUAGAGAGGAAUACUUCACCAUUUAACAAUAUUCCCCAUUGUUUCGGUACUAUUAGUGAUAACAACAAAUAUAUACUGUUUUUGGAAAACCUAAAGCCAAAAGGUUUCAAGAUAAAUGAUCUAGAAAGAUUGAUUGAUUUGGAUCAAGCAAAGUUGGUACUCCAAGCAUAUGGCAGAUGGCAUGCUUUCAGUCUAGCCUGUAAAGACCAAGAACCUGAAAUGUUCAAACAUUAUUAUGAGUUGAUGUCCCCUUCAAAAGCUGAAUCAAUGUGUGAACUUUUCAUAUGCAGCAUGUUAAAGGAAAUCGAAGUUGCUAUUGAUUUAUUCAGGGAGAAGAAUUGCUUGGAAAUAAUGAAGAGAUUGGAAUUUUUGAAAGAAGAAUAUCCGAAGAUGUUUAGAGAUUGCUUUUUCAAUAAAAAUGAAGAUUUUUUGGUGGUGAGACAUGCCGACUGUUGGAACAACAAUUUUUUAUUUCAUUAUGAUGAUCAAUCGAGAGCAGACCAAGCAAUUCUAAUAGAUUGGCAGAUUAGUUUUAUUGGAUCUCCCUUGGCUGAUGUUACUCAAUUUUUAUUAUACUCUUGUCAUAAAGAAACCUUAGAGAAAAUAGAUGAUCUAUUGAGGUUUUAUUACCAAUCCUUAUCGGAAAAGCUUUUAGAAUUGGGAAGUAAUCCAAAGAAAUGCUUGCCAUGGAACACUUGCCAGAAAUCUUUUAAAAAAUAUGUUCAAUUAGCAGUAGGAGGAGUGCCUCUAAAUAUAAGAUUCAGACAUAAAACUGAUCCAGAUGAACAAAAUCUUGCACAACAUGUGAACGAUGGAAGUUUCAAUGUUUGGUGUGGAAAUGAAAUAAGAAAUUCUGAAGAAUAUUUUGAAACAAUGAAGGAAAUUCUUGAACUUUGUAUUGAAAGAAACUUCAUGUAGUACUUCUUCCUCUUAGUGUGGCUAAUAUAGUGAGUACAAUUUAAAAGAAGGAUGUUCUAUUCAAUUGUACUGGCCCUAGAGAAAGUUCAUAAAUUACUCAUGCAAGCCUUUACAAUCAUUUUGAAAAGUUAAUCAAUGACGUCACACCUAUUGAGAUUAUUCUACCAAACAAAAACUUCUUACAGCUUGAAGCAUUCUCAAAUCUGGAAAUAUUUGCUCGCCUUACUGUUGCCAUCAAUUCACGAUGUUGCCGAUGUGUAAUUCUGUUUAUAAUUCAAAUUUGACAUUAUCAUUUAAUUCUUUCAAAAUUGUUUGAUAACUCGAUUAGUAUGCAAUACCGUACAAAUUCCACAGAUACUAAAUCGAACACAGAAUUCUAAGAAUGAGAAUAUUUUGACAAACAAUUAUUGAUGUUGAUUCAAUUGUAAAACUUGCAAAGAAUCCAGUCUGGCCGGAAUGCUUCAAAAAUUUUUUAUGACGUAAUUUCCCUGCUAGUAUGAAUUCACUAUAAAUGUUUGUCGUACUGAUAUCUUUGAACAGAAAAACUAACUUCUACCUAUGUUUAAAUGAGUGAAAACUAAUUCUUGAUAUAGUAUUAAGUAAAAUUCAAUCUUGGGAUCUCUUCAUUUACCUUUACUCUAAUAGAUUUGGAGGAUUAAUUUCACAAGAUCAUCAAAAAAUAUGGAAAGUUCAUUUCUCAAUUUAAUAACAAAAAAAACCUGUAUUCAAUUUUAUAAUUUAAAUGUAUUUAUUUUGGAAUCAGAAAUAAACUGUACAAAUUAUACAUCA